GGGCCGGGGCUGUCAUGGCCGGGACGCUUCUGGUGCUGCUGGCACUGCUUGGCUGCUCCCAGGUUUCAAAAGCAAAGAACUUCUCUCAUUGGAAGGGAGAGCAACAGAUGUACAAGCUGGACAUAGGCUGGCCUAAAGCUCCAGAAUACUUCACUGGCCAAACAUUUUGUGUUGCUGUUGACUCUCUCCAUGGUUUGGUCUAUGUAGGACAACGGGGAGACAAUGUGCCAAAGGUACUUGUAUUCUCAGAAGAAGGCUAUUUCCUUCACUCCUGGAAUGAUACUGUUGAAAUGCCUCAUGGUAUCUUUGUAUGGAACACUGAAACAGGAAGUUCAGUAUGGCUCACAGAUGUUGGAACAGGGAAAUAUGGACACACAGUGAAGCAGUAUAGCCCUUUGGGUAAACUUUUGCAGGUCUUGGGCACACCUGGUAAUGCUGGUUCAAGUUUGAUUCCCCUGCAGUUUGAUCAACCAGCGGAUAUCUUUGUGGAGGCGACUGGAGAAAUCUAUGUUGUGGAUGGAGACGGAGGAAUGAACAACAGGUUGCUCAAACUAUCAGAUGACUACAAAGAGUUAUGGCUGACUGGAACAAAUGGGAGUGGUGUUGGUCAGUUCAAGAUUCCUCACAGUGUAACAGUGGAUGCUUUUGGACGGGUAUGGGUUGCAGACAGAGGCAACAAGAGAAUCCAAGUUUUUGAUAAAGUCACAGGAGAAUGGCUUGGGUCUUGGAACGGCUGUUUUUCAGAUGAUGGACCCUAUUCUGUCAGGUUUACUGCUGAUUACAAAUAUCUGAUUGUAGCUCAGCUGAAUAUCAACCGGUUGGCAAUCUUGCAAGCACCUCCAGUUGGCUCCAUUGGGGACUGUGCCAUAGUCCACAGUGUCCAGCUGGCUGAUGAAACCAAACCACACCUUGUGGAUGUAGACAUGAGGAGUGGAGCAGUCUAUGUUGCAGAGAUUGGAGCCCAGCAAGUACAAAAAUAUGUACCCUUAAGCUGAUAGUUUCCCACAACUGCUGUGGCACAAGCUGUGUGACAUUUAAGACCUAUAACCACAUUUCCUUGAGUUCUUUAUGGAUUGUGUUUCCUUAGACAAGCACAGAACUGCACAAGUGCUCCCAGAACUGUAGGACUAUGACUCUGUCCUAGCUAUU